AUGGUUUUGUUGCUUUUAGCUGCUGUUAUUUGGGCAGCUCCAAUCGAUUUUGAGCAAGCAAGCGAUGAGCAGACAAUGAUUGUCGUGAAACCGGAUGGAGUGAGGAGGGGAUUGACCGGUCGAAUCAUUCAACGUUUCGAGGAUCGGGGAUACAAACUUGUCGCAAUAAAAAUGCUAUCAGCAACACUAGGGCAAUUGGAGCUAAAUUACUGGGAUCUCAAGGGUUUGCCCCACUACGAGGGUAUGCUUGGCUACAUGAAAUCGGGGCCUGUUGUGGCGAUGAUUUGGCAUGGAUUCGAUGUGGCCAAUCAGGCACGAAUUAUGAGAAUAAUU